AUGGCUAGUCCCAACCCCCUGAACGUAUACAAGGGACAUGGCUCUGUCAAGAAUUACUUCGACCCUGAAUCAGCACCGCCACUCCCUCUAGUUGAGAUCCCGGAUUGUCUAAAUCCUUAUCGACAGGAUGGAGUGCGUAUCUAUGCCAAGAUGAUGACUAUGCAUCCUGCGAAUAACGUGAAAGCCAUGCCAGCCUUGAACUUAUUGAAUAGCUGCGUCGUUCCGGGAAAGACCAAGGCAGUUGUUGAAUACAGCUCCGGUUCGACUGUUUUGUCCAUGUCGUUAAUCUCACGGGCUAUUCAUGGUAUUGACGAUGUACGAGCAUUCUUGAGUAACAAAACGAGCACAACGAAACUUCAGCUCAUGCAAUUCUUUGGAAUCGACAUGUAA